GGAUACGGCGCAUGCGCACUCCGUCCACAACUCUCCAGUCCCGUCCACAGGCGCAGACAUCAACAAGAGAGCGGGUUACUGAUGCGGGCUGAUUUUCAUAAUAGUCCCCACGCCACGACGCGCUGCCAGCUCUACUACUGUGUAUCAGACGCACGCAACUCGCAACAAGAUGUUUGGCUUCCACAAGCCGAAAAUGUACAGGAGUUUGGACGGCUGCUGUAUCUGCCGUGCCAAGUCGUCAAGCUCCCGUUUCACGGACAGCAAGCGCUACGAGAAAGACUUCAGGAGCUGUUUUGGAUUGAGUGAAACUCGGUCUGGAGAAAUCUGCAAUGCUUGCGUGCUCCUUGUGAAGCGAUGGAAGAAGCUUCCUGUGGGCACCAAGAAAAACUGGAACCAUGUUGUUGAUGCCAGAGGAGGUCCGAGUCUGAAGAUAACUUCCAGGCCCAAGAAGAUAAAGUCGAUUUCCAAGAAAGUGAGACCGAGUCAGAUCAGCAGGCUGCAGAAAGAACUCAAACGAAACAACUCAGACGCCCACAGCACCACCUCCAGUGCCUCUCCGGCUCAGUCUCCCAGCUACAGCAACCUGUCCGACGAGGGCUCGGACUCCGAACUCAGCCCAGGAUCCAGCCGCUCCCCUGUUUUCUCAUUUCUCGAUUUGACGUACUGGAAGAGGCAAAAGGUGUGCUGCGGGAUAAUCUACAAGGGGCGCUUUGGGGAAGUGCUCAUCGACCCGCAUUUAUUCAAACCAUGCUGCCGCAACAAGCAGCGACAGCAGCAGCAGCAGCAGCAGAAGCAACAGCAGCAGCGGGAAGAGGAUGACGAGGAAGAGGAGGACGAGGAAGACGAGGAGGAAGAGGUGGAAGUGGAGAUGGGCCGGGCGGGUCUGGAGAAGUCCCAGACAGAGGAGGAAGUAAAGGAGGUGCCUGUGUGCGAGGAAAACGCUGAGCCUGCUCAGCUAUGCGUUGCCGUGACAACGCCUCCAACCAGGAGUGAGGCGGCGGUGGAGGAAGGGUGGUAAAGCCGAAACCUCCCCCCUCCUUGCACACAUUUGUGAAGACAUCUCGGGGUGCUGUUUUUGUGCCGAUCACUCACAGAAAGAAGUUGCCUCAGAUUGCCUUCAGUCAUAAAGCAGCUGUAAAUCCAUCGGUCUUCUCCACCAUACUGCUGGAGGAUUGUUUAUUAUGUUUUAAAUGGUAACUUAUGAACGGUUGUGUUUUCCACUUUGUCUCUCUCUCUCUCUCUUUUUUUUUGUAUUUAAUAUUCUUACCAUCGCAAUGAUAGACCAUCAUCUGUGGCGUUAUUGAUCUACUUUAGAUAAAAUGCUGGAGCUCUAGUUUGCUGGUACAUGUAACGGACUUUAUUCCACAACACAGUAGAUCCACUCAUUUACAGAAAAAGGUGCUACUUGAAGCUCAUCACUCAACAUUUCAAGCACACAGGUGCACCCAUCCUCACCAAGGACAUUUUAUAAGCGUAUAUGUUCAUAUGACUAAUACAGUACAACAGAUUAGUUUUGCAGUCUUUGUGCAGAGUAGAUCUCUCUUUUGUGAAAUGGUGGAAGCCCGUCUGGGAAUGAAUGACACACUGACGGAGCUCAGAACCUGUACAGUAGCCCUCGUGUUUUUUUUUUUCCCGUCUGCUCACAAUGACAUCCCCUCUUAUCAAACGGUUUGUGUUUGUAGACCAGAUUAGUGUUUCUGUGUGCUAAUACGUAUGUGGGUCCCAUUUUAAAUAAGGCCUAUUCACAGCUUCAACAGCAAAUACACCAGCCUUAACUAUGUGUUACAGACAGCGCUAGUGUUAAUUCUGGAUUGGUAUUAUGGAACGAAAAAGGGACAAUAGCUCUAUUUAUUGUGGCCUCAGCAACACGUAGUGCAUUUUGCAUGAAUGGCAAACUCACUCAUCCAAAAGACCUGACGAUCUGAUGCAUGAGUCUUCAAAAAUUGCAUGGCCUUAUAGAAAUUGUAAAUCUUACUUUUAUUUUUUGGAUCCAUUUCUCCGAAGUUUUAACUUAUUUUUGUAUGUAAAAAAAGGAAAAAAAAAAAAGAAAAUGGAAAAAUAGAAGUGUCUUUGCAUAAUAAUACCACAACAAUAUGACAGCAAAACACAAAAUCGGUCUAUAGUCAUUCAACAAUAUCAAUAUCAGCUAUCUCCAUCAUUCCCGGGUCAGUAUGUGAUGAAAGACUUUAUACAAGUUGAAAUUCUAUGCCAUUGCCUCGUAUAUACCACAAAUGUGUUGUGAUAUAUAUAGCCUAAUAUUACUUUAUUUAUCAAAUGAAAGCCAAAGCACAUUGAAAUUCACCCAAUGUCAAAUCAAUGCAGGUUUUCUAUGGACACGUGUGCUUGUCCGAGGUCAUUUGUAUGUAUGUUUAUGGUAUUCUAAGAAAAACA